UGAUCGACAUAUAUUCAUAACAUAUGUGUGUCUUCUAUGUAUAUCCUAAGUAAUUGUAUAGAUCAUGGAUAUCCCAAUCUCACCAAAUCCUAACACUCUCAAUUUCACCAGCCAUGCCUUCAAUAACUGAAGAUGUAUCUAUUGGAAACUUAGGCAGUCUCCAAACACUCCCAGACUCAUUCACCUGGAACUUCACCGCUGCUGACUCCCUUCUCCCUCCCUCCUCCGCCACUGUGAAAGAGUUCAUUCCGGUCAUAAACCUCUCCGAUCCUGACGUCACCACUUUGUUAGGAAAUGCAUGCAAAACGUGGGGAGCGUUUCAGAUAGCCAACCACGGGAUCUCUCAAAGUCUCCUCGACGACGUUGAAUCUCUCUCCAAAACCUUUUUCGAUAUGCCGUCAGAGAGGAAACUCGAGGCUGCUUCCUCUAAUAAAGGAGUUAGUGGGUACGGAGAACCUCGAAUCUCUCCUUUCUUCGAGAAGAAAAUGUGGUCUGAAGGGUUGACAAUCGCCGAUGGCUCCUACCGCAACCAGUUCCUUACUAUUUGGCCCCGUGAUUACACCAAAUACUGCGGAAUAAUCGAAGAGUACAAGGGUGAAAUGGAAAACUUAGCAAACAGACUUCUAUCAUGCAUAUUAGGCUCACUUGGUGUCACCGUAGACGACAUCGAAUGGGCUCAGAAGACCGAGAAAUCUGGAUCAAAAAUGGGCCGAGGCGUCAUACGACUAAACCAUUACCCGGUUUGUCCUGAGCCAGAAAGAGCCAUGGGUCUAGCCGCUCAUACCGACUCAUGUCUCCUAACCAUUUUGCACCAGAGCAACAUGGGAGGGCUACAAGUGUUCAAAGAAGAGUCCGGUUGGGUUACGGUAGAGCCGAUUCCUGGUGUUCUUGUGGUCAACAUCGGCGACCUCUUUCACAUUUUAUCGAACGGGAAGUUUCCUAGCGUGGUUCACCGAGCAAGGGUUAACCAAACCAAGUCAAGAAUAUCGAUAGCGUAUCUGUGGGGUGGUCCAGCCGGUGAUGUGAAGAUAAGUCCAAUAUCAAAGAUAGUUGGUCCGGUUGGACCGUAUCUAUACCGGCCAGUUACUUGGAGUGAAUAUCUCCGAAUCAAAUUUGAGGUUUUCGACAAGGCAUUGGACGCAAUUAGAGUCGUUAAUCCCACCAAUUGAAUCUCCUGUUCCAAUGUUUUUAAAAAUAUUAAUCGAGAAACAUUUAAAAAGUUAAGUUGUAACCUCAAGUUUGUAUUAAUUAAAAAAGAGCUUUGCUUAAGUGUCA